AUGCCCAUCGACAAUACUGAAGCGGAACGCGCACCGACCAACUCCAGCGCGACACCCUUCGAGCUGCCAACUCCUCACAUGUUCACCAACUCCAGCAACUUCACGAUCACCGGCGGGAACUUCACCGCAGCAUCGUACCAACUGAACUUUGCCGCGCCGCAUUCGGAUGUGGACGAUCAGGACGAUUAUCGACGGAUUCGAUGGGGUGAUAUAGACCUUCGACACCUACGGCUCCAGUCCACGCCUCAUUCCGAUCUUGGCACUGUCGGCCGCGUGCCAAGUGCUUCACGCUCGAUGUAUGCAGCAAGGGUAUAUGGAUCCACAUCCGAAAUGAGUGUCGCUGUUUAUCAAGGCAAUGGUGCACAACAAGAGUGGUUGCGGGCCAUCAAAGAACAUGGUGCCUUAUGUCACCCUGCUGUCCUGCAAUUAUUUGCAACUUCAAGUCACAGAGGCAUUUAUGCGGCAGUGUUUCAUGAUGAUCUGAUACCACCAGAAAACAUAUGUCAGGAGUCAUCUAGUCUAGCAACAGUUUAUUACCGGCAAUACUUUGAGAAAGAAAUUAUGAAAGUGGCACCAUAUAUUUGUACAGCAAUAGGUCGCCAAUUUAUAAAACCUCAAAUGUUGACUCCUUGGAUACGAUCCUCAACACAUUGCAUAACACUGGAGAUAUAUCCACUUUCAAGACUAGAACCCUUCAGGCCUGGCCUAAUGCGGACUGAUAUAUAUCACUUGGUUAUAGGCAGCUCUUGUUCCAACAUCAUUGCACCAAUGCAUCCAGUGGCUGCAAGUGUUCUAGACAUGAUCAGCAUGUUGUCUCUUGAGCAAUUUAUUGUCAGGAUAACAUCACAUGAAUGCAAGCCAAUGUAUCUGCUGCUACAUCAAAGUUCCUUCAAGCUUCAUACUGUGUGCUUCCUUACAGACUUUGCCCAAUCACUCAACCCUUGGCUGUGUGAUCGAUACUUCAAGGAACAUCGUGAUCUUAAAGGCUGGACAGAUGAUGUUGAAUAUAUAGUGCACUUUCCAUAUGAGACAGAUGUGCAGCAGCAUAUCCAGGCCACAGAAUCUAAAUGGACAAGAGGCUGGUGGAGUGGGCAUCUCAAGCAUCAAAUUGUUCAAAUGGGAACUGGAUGGUCAAGGCUUCAAUAUCCAUUUAGGCUCUUAGCAAUACAGAUGGAUGUUGGGUUCGGGGACCUGGACGCAAAUUAUACCCAUAAUGACAAGCUGAAAGUUCAGACUGCAUGGAUUACCCAGGCUGCCUACAUCUUUCAGCAACUUAAGAUCUCAAAGAAUCGCCAUCGAUUUUUACUUCUCAGGGAUGCAACAUGCACAGUCUCUUUCAAGAUCAAAAGUAGCCAACAGUAUAAGAAAGAUACUCCAGCAUAUCUUUUUCUUUGUCCAUAUUGGAUGUUCUUUGACGGUACCACCAUCACACGACCAGAAAGGAUUGCAUACUGGUCUCUGGAUCCAGAGGGGGAUGAGCCCCUGAAUGAUGCCCGACUUCCUGAGCUUAGUAUUAACAUGAGCAUUCAUGGCUUCUAUUGGGAGGACGAGGCAUAUGAUGCCCUGAUUGAAUUCUUCACUGGCAAAGGAUUUGAUCCUUAUUCUCUGGAUGUAGCAAAACAUUUUGGGGUCAAGGAGUGUGUAAUAUUCGAUAAGCAGUGUUGA